CUCGCCGACAGCUCGAUGUGGGCUCCAAGGAGCAUCAGCAGCACAAGAAGGGGCAGGGCCCGCAAAUUCACAGACAAGCACGAAUGGGUAUCUGUGGAAAAUGGCAUUGGAACAGUAGGAAUCAGCGAUUUUGCACAGGAAGCAUUAGGAGACGUUGUUUACUGUAGUCUUCCAGAAGUUGGUACAAAAUUGAGUAAACAUGAUGAGUUUGGGGCUUUGGAAAGUGUGAAAGCUGCUAGUGAACUCUACUCCCCUCUCUCAGGAGAAGUGACUGAGAUUAAUGCUGCCCUUGCAGAUAAUCCAGGGCUUGUCAAUAAAUCUUGUUAUCAAGAUGGUUGGCUUAUCAAGAUGACUGUGGCAAACUCUGCUGAACUUGAUGAACUGAUGACUGAAGAUGCCUAUGAGAAAUACAUAAAAUCCAUUGAGGACUGAGCUGGAAUAAUGAAAUAAAUUAAUAUAAAAUCUCAGUGUAGUUUGUCAUCAAUUAAGGAAAUACUGAAUAUCCAGUUUUGACAACUUGAAAAAUACCACUUUAGAUCACAUGUACAAGACUAGAAAUAGUGUGUUUCACAUCUGUGUACCUGUGUCACACAUCUGUGAGGGUUUUUUAUUCUGUUGUCUGAUUCAUGUAACUGCAGAUGUUAUCUAUAGUAUU